UAUUGUCAUUCUAUUCAUUUUAAAAGAAAAGUGUUUUUACUGUUUUAAGUGCUAAAAGAAUGUAACAAAAAAAAUAUAUUAUUGUUAUUUAUAAAUGUGUUAAACUAUUAUUUAUUUUCCUCUAUAUUACUAUAAAAAUUAUAAUUUAUAAUUAUUUAAGUUUAAUUAAUUACCAAAACAAAAAAGGAUGGUCAAAAAUACAUGUUUACCGUUUUUUGAGUCCUAGAGGAAAAAAAAAUUGAUUUAUCGCAAAAAUUUUCUUGAACCACAACAAAUUCGCAUAAGAGAAACAAAACGCAACUUAUAACGUGGGUGCUUUACUCAAUAAAUAUAAACACGUUUAUAUUGAGGUAUAUGAGUAUUGUACAUAUGGAUUUACAAUCAAUUUGCAAAUAAUAUCCUUCAAAUAUAUUUGCAUACAUAAUAAAUUUUUAACUUAGAAAUAAGUUUCUAUUUAUUAAUUUAUAUUUAUUUUGGGGGGAAAAUAAUAAUGUACGUCGUUUUAUAAUUAUAUAUGCAUAAAUUGGGGACUAGUCAUUAUUAUUAGGCUACUUAAAACUGGAUUGGAAUUCCUUAUUAAUAGUUGAUAAAAGUAGAUUAUAAAAGUAUUUACAAAAAUAGUUCUGUAUAUAAUAAGAAAAAAAAUUGAAAGAAAACAGUAUGACUAGUGAUGAUACUACAGGCUUUGAUAAAAUAGACAUAAAUACUCAAAUAAUGCAAAAUCAAGGGUUUCUUGGUCCACUGGCAAAUUCUUUAGGGGCAACCGAACCGGCAUUAAAACUAUUAAUAUCUUUAUUGUUUGGUUAUCCAUUAGCUGCAAUUUAUCAUUCACAUAUUAAAAAACAUUCUCUAAAUAUUAAAAAUAUAUAUUUUGCGUUGACUGGAUUUUUAAUAUGCUGCUUCAAUUAUGGAUAUGAUGUAUAUCAUAGUUUAAUAUCAAUAUUAAUAACAUAUAUACUAUGCCGAUAUUUUUGUAAAUAUCGAUAUUUUGUAAUUAUAAAUUUUAUAUUUAAUAUGGGUUAUCUAUUAAUUGGCUAUUACUUUACUGAAAGUAAUGAUUAUGAUAUAAAAUGGACAAUGCCACAUUGUGUUUUAGUAUUACGUUUAAUUGGAUAUGGUUUUGAUAUAUCAGAUGGAAAAACAUCAAAAGAUAAACUAUCAAAAGAUCAAUUAGAAAAUGCAAUAUAUGAUAUGCCAAAUUUAUUACAAUUAACAUCAUUUACAUAUUUUCCAGCUAGUUUUUUAGUUGGACCACAAUUUCAAUAUCAAAGAUAUAAAAAUUUUAUAAAUGGUAAAUUUGAUAAUUAUAAAGGUAAUAUUGAAGCUGGUUUAAAACGUGGAAGUAUUGGUAUAUUAUAUUUAAUAAUAAGACAAAUUGGUGCUACAUUUAUACCUGAUAGUUUUAUAAUGAGUGAAGAGUUUGAUAUAUUAUCGUUACCAACUAAAAUAUUAUAUAUUGGUAUAUGGGGUAAACUAUCAUUAUAUAAAUAUGUUUCAUGUUGGUUAAUAACAGAAGGUGCUUUAAUUUAUUUUGGUUUAACAUAUGUUAAUACUGAUAAAAAUACUGGUAUAUCUGAUUGGAGUGGUUGUUCUAACAUCAAUAUACGUAUAUUUGAAUUAGCAACGAAAAUGGAACAUUAUGUUAAAUCUUUUAAUAUUAAUACAAAUCAAUGGGUUGCAUCAUAUGUUUAUAAAAGGCUUAAAUUUUUAAAUAAUCGUACAAUUAGUUAUGCAUCAGCAUUACUAUUUUUAGCAAUGUGGCAUGGAUUUCAUUCCGGUUAUUAUAUGUCAUUUUUAUUAGAAUAUAGUGUUAUAACAUUUGAAAAACAAUUCGAAUCAUUAUGGUCAAAAUAUAUAUUAGCAAAAUAUUCGAAUAUAAUAAAUUCGAAUAUUUGUGAAGUUCUUAUAUUCAUAAUAAUGAAAAUAUAUAAUACUUCUUGUAUGGGAUGGUGUAUGGUACCAUUUGUUUACUUAAAUUAUACCCGUUGGUUUUAUAUAUAUAGUAAAUUAUAUUACUAUGGUUAUAUAUUUUUGAUAUCAUGGUUUAUUUUUAAUUUUUAUAUGAAAAAGUAUGUUACAAAACCAAAGAAAAAUGAUAAAAGCCUAGAUAAAAACAAAAGCCAAUAAAAAAACAUCUGAUGUGGUCUACACAUAACCGACCGCAAGGUGUGUUGUCUUCUUUUUUUUUUUGUUCCUGUUACUCUGCAACUUGGGAGCUUAGGGCAACUUGAAGUCUCCAUUCUUCUCUGUCAUCGCUAGUUCUUCUAGUUCAUCCCACGGGAUUCCGUAUCUAUUUAGUUCCUGUAACACUGUUCUUCUCCAUGUUGUUGUGGGUCUAACUCUUGGUUGGUCUCUGCUAGAGGAUUCCAGGUCAGCGCCAUUCUUGUUAUGCAUUCUUCCUUUCUAAAUGUAUGACCAAUCCACUUCCAUUUUCUUCGGGGGAUUUGCUUCACUACAGGCUCUUCAUUUGUUAGUUGUCACAAAUCUUUGUUCCUAAUUCUGUUCGGUCAGAAUAUUCGGCAUAUAAUUCUUAGGUGUUUAUUUAUGAACACUUGCAAUUUAUUCUUGAUGGAAUUGGUGACUAGCCAUGAUUCGCAGCCAUAUGUUAAUGUUGAUUUUACACAUGAUUUGAAUACACUUAACUUGGUAUGUCUACAUAUUUUUGUCAUAUCUUGGUAUGUCAUAUCUAAGUUACUCUGCAACUUGGGAGCUUAGGGCAACUUGAAGUCUCCAUUCUUCUCUGUUAUCGCUAGUUCUUCUAGUUCAUCCCACGGGAUUCCGUAUCUAUUUAGUUCCUGUAACACUGUUCUUCUCCAUGUUGUUGUGGGUCUAACUCUUGGUUGGUCUCUGCUAGAGGAUUCCAGGUCAGCGCUAUUCUUGUUAUGCAUUCUUCCUUUCUAAAUGUAUGACCAAUUCACUUCCAUUUUCUUCGGGGGAUUUGCUUCACUACAGGCUCUUCAUUUGUUAGUUGUCACAAAUCUUUGUUCCUAAUUCUGUUCGGUCAGAAUAUUCGGCAUAUAAUUCUUAGGUGUUUAUUUAUGAACACUUGCAAUUUAUUCUUGAUGGAAUUGAUGACUAGCCAUGAUUCGCAGCCAUAUGCUAAUGUUGAUUUUACACAUGAUUUUAAUACACUUAACUUGGUAUGUCUACAUAUUUGCGAGCUUUCCCAUAUGGGGCGGAGUCUGAUGAAGGCUGUUCUAGCUUUAUCUAGUCUAUUCUGUACAUCUUCAUUAAUACCGUCAGUUGGCGUCAUGAUACUGCCUAGAUAACAGAAGUUAGUUGUUUAUUCAAUGUCUUGGCCGUUUAGCUUACUUGGAUUGUUAUAAACAAGGUGUAUGUACAUUGCUUUGGUUUUGUUUGUAUUAAUUUCUAGGCCAAUAUUUCGGGAUUCUAGCUGCAGGUAAUUCAAUUUGUAUCUGCGCAUCUUCUUGAUUGUUAGAUAUUCGACAUAAGUUGUUUGCGAAGUCAAGGUCUAUUGGUCAUCCGACUAAUAGAUGUCUCUUUCAGCACUUCUUAUUCCCUCAAGACAUCAUCUAAUACUAUGUUGAAUAGUAGCGGCGAAAGCGGCCAUACUUGUUUAACACCUGCGUUUGUUGUGAAUGAUUCAUUAAUGUUCCCAUUAUGUGAUACUGAAGGUUCCACAUUUUCAUACAUGUUCAUAAUGAUGUUGAUUAUUUUCCUUGGAGCACUCCUUUUUUCCAAAGCUUUCCAUAUUGCAUUUUUGUGGAUGGAGUCGAAAGCCUUCUUGAAAUCAACGAAUAUGAGGCAUAGAGGUGUUCUCCAUUCAUUUGCUUGUUCCACAAUUAUACGAAGGGUAUUAUUUUGGUCCAGGCAGCUUCUGUUUGGGCGAAAUCCAGCCAAUAUUUAUAAAUAAAUAAUAUUUUUCUAAUAUGUUAUGAUAUUGAAUAAUAUGUUAUAAAUUAUUGAAAUAUUUAUUAUGAUCUGACCGUUUUGAACCCGCGAUUUUCCGAAUGAAGAACCAGCGCCUUAGCCACUGCGCUAUCGGUCAGAUUUAAGGUGUGUUGUCUAGUUUAGCAAAAAUGUUUCAUAAGAUUAUGAAAAUGUCUUUUAAAUACUUCUUUCGAAUUUUAAAGACGCUAAUAAGCUUUUAGCUGAUAUACCUAGAAAAAUAUAAAUUUGGCUCUUAGUAAAGUUUCGCUUUGUGGUGUCCGAAUUUCUUAAAAAGUCUGACAAUUAUUUAAGGUACCAAUCAAAACCCAAACAUUAAAUUUCAAGAAACUCCGUCAAUUAGUUCCUUAGAUAUGGUAAAAAAUUUAAAAUCAUCUCUAGUAAAAGUUCAGUUUCAGAGCCCCGAUAAAAUUUAUAAGCUUUCAAACAAAAUCAAAUAUUUAAUUUCAAGGAAAUUGAUCAAUUUUAUGUGUAUAAAUGUAAUGCGUAAAAAUGUAAAUUUAGUCCGCAGUAAAAGCCUAUACAUAUAUAAAAUUUCAAGUUAAUCUGUUAAAUUACUCCUUAAAAAUAAAUCAAAAUGUAAAUAAAAGUCCAGUUCCCGAGAUCUGACAAAUGAUGCUGAAAACUCCGCAAAUUUUGGAAAUUUGGUGGUAUCACAUAACCUUCCUUAUUGUAUGCAAUGCGGUCGGUAAAAACGAAAAAAAAAGAACUAUUGCAGAUGAACUAUUUUUUUUAUUGUGUGAAUUUAGAAAUUAAAUUAUUUUCAGUUUAAUUUAUUAAUCAGUUUUAAUCGAAAAAUUGACUUAAUGAUUCGAAUUGUUUCACCGUCACACUGCUUCUGUUGAUAUAUGCUAUCUUUCAGUAAUUGAGAUAAUAUAAGACAAUUUCCAAGAAAAAAUUUUUUAAAUUUAAAACAAAAUUUGAAACAAUUUAUAUUGUAAAAAAAAAAACAAAACAAAUUUACCUUAUGAAAUUCUUUUUUUUAUUUUUAAUUACUAUAAAUUUUUUAUAUAAUUUCUUUUUCUGAAUUAAAAAUAAAUUAAUACUCUUA